AUGGUCAGCUCCUGUUGUGGCUCUGUCUGCUCUGAGGAGGGCUGUGGCCAAGGCUGCUGCCAGCCCAGCUGCUGCCAGACUACCUGCUGUAGGACCACCUGCUGCAGGCCCAGCUGCUGUGUGUCCAGCUGCUGCAGGCCCAGCUGCUGUGUGUCCAGCUGUUGCAGGCCCACCUGCUGCCAACCCAGCUGCUGUGUGUCUAGCUGCUGCAGACCUAGCUGCUGUGUGUCUAGCUGCUGCAGACCUAGCUGCUGUGUGUCCAGCUGCUGCAGGCCCACCUGCUGCCAGCCCAGCUGCUGUGUGUCUAGCUGCUGCAGGCCCCACUGCUGUCGCCCCAGCUGCUGCAUUUCUAGCUGCUGCAGGCCUUCUUGCUGCCGCCCAAGCUGCUGUGUGUCUAGCUUCUGCAGGCCCUCUUGCUGCACCUCUAGCUGCUGCCGCCCCACUUGUUGCAUUUCUAGCUGCUGCAGGCCUUCUUGCUGCCGCCCCAGCUGCUGUGUGUCCAGCUGUUGCAGACCUCAGUGCUGCAUCUCCAGCUGUUGCCGCCCCAUCUGUUGCCAGACCACCUGCUGCAGGACCACUUGCUGCCGCCCAGCAUGCUCUAGUGGUUCUUGCUGCUGA